GGCGAGUUUCUUGAAAAAGAGCAUAAUGUUAUGUGCAUGCGUUAGGGUGGGAAGGUAUCUCGUAUGUGUUGAAGACCUGAUAAUAUAUUUUACAUUAACAUAUUUAUAAAGUGUCUUGAGGUCUCACGUCAGCGGGCGUUUUAGAACCAUCUUGACUGCCUCGGAAACUACCAUGUCUUUAUAUGUCGUUCUUUUUCUCCUUAUGAUAACGUAAGAGGAAACAAAUACAAUGCGAUGCUAUUAACUCUUCACCCUAGAAAGGAUUGCACUCUAUCUGCAUCCCUUAACUGCAGAUUAAUUACCUUAUGUUUCGCCUUUAUUACGUAACGAGACAAAGGUGUACGAGAACGUCCGUUCUGUAUUCGAGAUCGCAUCCAUCACCGCGAAAGGCCAAGAGAUAAGAGAUGCUGCACACAUUCAGGUUGCUCAUGCUGUCUCCACAUUAUCUUACCCGUAAAUCGAGCAAUAAACGCCGUCUUAUCCACUCCGGAGCAGCCCCUCCCCCCUCUCCACUCCCCUCCUCUCUUUACCCCGUGUGCUGCGGUGGAAUGGGGGGCAUGGAGGGAGUAGAGGGUUGGGGGAGAGGCUCCUCCAGAUGCUGCAGUGUGUAAAAGCAAUAUCGCCGAACGCCGGUAUGACAUCGUGCUUAAAAUCCUUAUUUGCGUUUCGUAUAUCGCGAAUCACGUAUGAUACAUGGAAAUGUGUUAUUUGGCUUUUUUUCGUUUCUUCGAGAAAUGAUAAACGCUUUAAUUGUUGUUUUAUAUUUCGGAGGGCUUUUGCUGUCAGUGCGCGAGUUCAGCGGUUGAAGAAGGAUGUCAUCUUUUCAUAUCCCCUUUGAACUAUAGAAUCGCCCCCUUUAACCAAAAUGAAAUGUUUAGACAAAUUUCCUUGUUGUUUAUUUGCACGCAUAGACUAGAAAUGAGUUACCAAAAAAAAAAAAAAAAAAAAAUCUUUAAAAAAACAAACAGAUCCAGUGAAUGAUUUCUCUUUUCAGAUAAAAGAAGCCAAUACUAAUGGAUCGUUUAUGACACAUCACCAUUGACCACGUGUUUCUUGGAACUUGUCGGUGAUACUGCGGGACAUAUAAACACCCCCUCCCCCCUUCGCUUUACCGUUAAGUCAAGGCAGAAAGAUGAGAGUGAGUCACCAGAUCAUAUGACUGACGACUGAUCAGAAACCUUUUGUAAAAAAAAAUCAAAUAAAAUAGCAAAAUAAAACAGCUCACUUUUGAUAGAUAUAAACGCAUGAGCCGAUUAGUGAACGGAAAGAGUAACGAGUGCCAUGGAGUGCCCCAAGAAGGAAGAGUUAACAGCUAGAAAAGUCAUUUACUGAACGUGACAGCAAUCUCUAGUUUCUGAUGACUGACAGUGACAGAUAACGUGAAACUUGAUUCGCAAGUAUAAGUCAUUAAAAGGUAAAAAAUACAACCAAUAAGAUACUUCAAGUAGACUUCCCCCCAAAAGGAGCUCCGGAGACACGACAGAGAAGAAAACAAAGCUCUGGUCGGCUCACAUUCACGCUCACAUUCACGCUCACACUCACGCACACUCACAAACCCAAACAUCACUCUCCUCCCACACACGUCUUCACGCACACUGACGGUCUCACAACUUCGCCGUGCCAGUUUCCAUAUAUAUUAGCCAUUUUUCUGGUUACAUAAAGCUCCUGUAAAUAACUUCUAACGUUGCCUUUAUUUGAAGUUUGAGAUCAUCGAAGUUAACUCUUUUGAGACUACUUUUUCUGAGAUAUUUAAUCUCGAACAAAAUUUGUUGUAAUGUAAAUUUCAUUAAAGAUCGCUACAGAGACAUUUUUAUUUUGGUGCAGGUUUAUCGUCUACCGACAUUUCUCUUGCUCAUCCUGAAUAACUAAAUUCAUACUAAAACAUAUGAGUGAAAUCUCCCUUAACCUUUUAACUAUUCGCUUCCUAUUUUUUAAUUCAAAUCUCUUGGAAUGACGUAAGCACUGACACAUUGCCCUUGGUACAUUUGCUGCUACUUGACCAAGAGAUAAACAAAACAACAUGUUUCUCCAGUGUCUGUAUCAUUGCUUGCUUGUCCUUUCCACCACGAGAGCAUUAUGCUAGCACGAGGAAAUCCUCAUCAUAACACACCCCAACACCACCAUUACACCCGUAAAGGAUCGGUUCCCUAACGCACCAUCAAAACAUCACUGUCACAGCGACUGCCACAUCAACAGCCAACACAGCCUCUCUAUCCCUCCCUCCCUCCCUCCCCCCUCCCCCUCAAAAAAAUAAACAACAUCCCUCCCCUACCCUCCUUCCACCCUAACGACACUCACGCAACGGCAACAAACAACAGCAACAACAAACAACAAACAACCUCUCCCUCCCCCCCUCUAAACCUGGCUCAGUAACCUCCCUGAGUAUUUUGUAGUGCAAGUGACAUACCAAAUCAGGCUAUAUGAAAAAGGUAUGCGUCGUAUUCCACCUUAGGGCCCCUUGCAUGGAGUACCACACGACCAGGAAAUCAUCAUCCUGCUACGAACUGCACGUGAUGUUUCCAAACCCCGAGGGCCCUGGAUGCUGCGCAAUCGUCCUUACUAUCAUCUCCUAUCUCCUCAUCAUCGCUACUUUCCCGUUCUCACUAUGCAUGUGCAUCAAGGUGGUCCAGGAGUACGAGCGAGCUGUCAUCUUCAGGCUCGGUCGUCUGCUAAAGGGCGGUGCCAAGGGACCAGGUAUCUUCUUCGUGGUCCCUUGCAUCGACUCCUACAGGAAGGUCGAUCUCCGAACCGUGUCAUUCGACGUGCCGCCACAAGAGGUGUUAUCCAAGGACUCAGUAACGGUGUCUGUGGAUGCUGUGGUGUACUACCGAGUGUCCAACCCAAUGGCUGCCGUGUGUAACAUCUCCGAUUUCAGCCACUCCACCCGUCUCUUGGCCGCCACCACCCUCCGGAAUGUCCUCGGUACGAAGAACUUGGCGGAAAUCUUGAGCGAGCGCGAGUCCAUCUCCCACAACAUGCAGAGCUCCCUAGACGAAGCCACAGAUCCCUGGGGUGUCAAAGUAGAGCGAGUUGAAAUCAAGGAUGUCCGCUUGCCCGUGCAACUGCAACGUGCCAUGGCUGCAGAAGCCGAGGCAGCACGAGAAGCCCGUGCCAAGGUGAUUGCGGCCGAGGGAGAGCAGCGUGCUUCCAGGGCCCUCAAGGAGGCUGCAGAGGUUAUCAACGAGUCCCCAGCUGCCCUCCAGCUUCGUUACUUACAAACACUCAACACCGUCUCGGCAGAAAAGAACUCGACUAUCAUCUUCCCGGUUCCUAUUGACAUUAUCACCCACUACAUGAGGAAUUAGUGGAAUGAAUCGCCAGCUUCAGACUGUACAUGGGAACCGACCUCAAAAUUUUGCUUAUCAAACACAGACACUGACAUGAAUGAAUUGGUUGAAUGUUAAAAACGAUAUAAUUUAAAAUUUAUUAAACAAGAAUAUGGUUAAGUCAAGAACACAUCUUCCACUGCACAUUGUUGAAAUAAAUAGUAACAUAUGUGAUUGGAUGUGCUGCAGAAUAAGAUAUUUGUCUCUGUAUAAUAUGUCAGAAGAUUUUUAGUAGUAUUGUUUGGUUCCUGGUGAUAGACACUGUACCUUUAUGAUUUGAAUAGUGCACUUCAUGGAAAAAUAUAUAUCCUAUAGAGUUUUCACCAAACUUUGAUUUGUCUUUUGAAAUAAUUAAUUUGUCUGUUAUAACCUACUUGAAGUCACAUUAUUUUUAAGAAUAAAAUCUUAUAGCUGAAGUUAUUAAGAUAAAGACUCAAACAUAUUAAACCUUCCAUUUAUUUCAUAAAGUGCCUCCCUGUUGACCAUUAAACUCUUAAGAUGUAAUAACAUUAACUUGGGACAAGUUUAAAACAUUGCUUGAACUUGUUAUAAGUUCAGAACAGUAAAAAAGGGGUAAGAUAUUUUUUAUGUAACAGUUAUGUUGAAAUAAAAAAAAUUAAAAGCUCAUUUGGUGGCACCAAUGGAGGAAGAUGCAGACAUACGGGAUAAAAACCACCAAUACUGUAUUAUUACUUUGACUGGUGAAGAAAUUGUUGAUGAUUAUAAAGAGAUGUAUGUAUUGUGUGUACUAUCUUGAAACCGAUUAAUCAACAUGAUGUAUGGAAAUUUCUUUAUCAAAUGUUCAGAUAUGUCAUGAGGAAAAAAAAAAAAUAGAAAAAUCAUAAAGACAAAUUUAUAUUUUUGGGGUUGAAAACUGAUGAUAGCUAAGUAUAUAUACAUAUAGUAAUCAUAUGUUUCCAUGUGUUGUGCAGAUGUGAAUAAGCAUACUCUCAUGAUGGGGAGUGGGUAUUUGCUUGUCACUUUCAUAAUGUUGGAAUUUCAUCCAUGCUUAGGAGUGAUAAUGUUAUUUAACAUUAUAUAUGACAUGCUGCCUACUCUCCUGUGUGAUCUUUUUUAUUUUCUUUCUUAUUAUAAUUUUGGGAACUUUCUCUAUAUAAUCUACAGGAAAAAUACAUGUCCCAAACAGUGAUAUGUAUUAUACUAUGUAAUUAAUGUCAAGCUGUGUAACAGUGUCUGUUGAAUAGAAACUGAAUUAGUCAUUGAUUUAUAACAGUCUGAAGACAUGUGUACCAGGUUUAUGAUGUUAAUGGGAGGUCCUUUUAAAAUUGAGUGGAGAGCAGCAUUUUGAAAUAGAUGUUGAGUGAUAAGUGGAAAAAGAAAGUUUGGUUUCUGUUAUAAAACAGUUUAACCCAUCUUAUUUGUAAACAAAAAAAAAUGUAGAUAUAUAACAAAGUUAGGUUGCUUAUUUCAAAACAGAUAUGUAUUUAAAAUUGUGAUACUUGCAAUAGCUUCUUAAAAGCAUUAUAGAAUGUUUUCCAUUUAUCAUUCAUUUUUAUUAACACAAAUCUGUUUACAAUUUAGUUUUCACAAUAUUACAAUGUUCAGGAAACAUGAGAUACUAAUUAGUUUUUGAAAUAUAGCUUUCAUUUAACAAACAAGGUAGAAAAAGCUGUAUAAGAGCUGAUGGUAACGAGUUGUUUUGUGUUGGAGCAACAAUAGAUGGAAAGGAAAAUAGAUUGAUAUUGCAUGGAAUUUCAAACAUACAAAAUUGAUAUUCCAAAAUUGCAGCCAGUCUUUAUAGAACGGGAAUAAAUAUUUCAUAUAUUAUUCUUUCAUGUAAAAUAUUACAGUUUAUAUUUCCUGAGAAUGUAGAAGUUAAGCCCAAUCCUGUGUAGAUUUUUCAUUAAAUUGGCCAUCCAAAAUAUUAGUGAAAUGAGUAUUCAGUAUGCCAGUUAGAUUCAGAGAUCGGUACUUAUCCAGAACUCUAGAUAUAUCUCCCAGUUGAUUAUAUAGUUGAUAAACUUUUAUUGAAUAUAUUAUAUUUAGUUUAAGGAUUAUUAUGAUUAUCAUUGUAUGAUUUACAUUGUAGCUUUGAAUAGGAUAGGUUAUUAUAAGUACAUGAUUAAUUUAUGAUGUAUCUUUAUGCCAAAGGAAUGAACUGUUGAAAAAGGUUUUCUACACAUUACUAUGUACACUGGAUAUAGUCUCUCAUAAUUCUCAUAUCUUGUUCUUUCCUGUUUUCAACUUUGAAGUUACUGAACAUUAUAUGGACAUAUGAAAGACUAUUGGAUUGUUUCUCUUCCAACAUAUGUAUAAAGUGAGUGCAUGUUGUGAAAGAGCAAAGAUGUUAAGUCAUUGGGCCAUGUUGAGAUAUGAAGACAUAUUAUUCGCAGAGGCCAUUCUUUUAAUACUUAACAUAGCUGGGAGCAUGGACAAAGUUUUGACUAUAAGAUAUGAUUCAGGAGCUUGAACUAAACAAUAUAGUCUUUAGAUUCUAUGCAUAUAUCAUACAUGAAUCAUUUAUCUUAGUGAAUUCUGUUUAGAAUCUUUUUCCAACAGUACAUGCUUUGUGAACAUUUAGAUGCAUCAUAAACACAAGAUUUUAUCGUUUUUAUGAAAUUUUGUUCUGUAUGAUUUUAGCUGAUUGCACUCUCUAUCCUUUUGAUUUUAUUUCUACCCAUAAGAGAUAUUUUAUGGAAGUUAGAUAUACAAGAGAAUAUUGAAGUUUAGGACUUAUCUUGUUCCAUAUUUUGUCUUUGUAAUCUUAGAGAGUAAAGUACACAAAAUGAACUAAAUAUUGUCUUUAGAAUAGAUUUAAAACCUUUAUAUUCUCCAAACAAAUUCAAUUUUCCAUUUCUUGUGUGCUACUUGGAGAUAAAACAAAGUAUUUUACUCUGUAAAGGAAGUUUGAAAGAACAUAUCUUCACAACUGUAUAUAGCAUAUUUGUAAUUGCAAAAAAAUGCACCCCCAAAACAUUAGAUCAAAAGCUCGGAUGACUUAUAUUUCUCUCUUUGAAUACAUUGGCUUCUGUUUGUCAUCUUAAAUGUGUUUGAAUACAGUGGUACUUACAGUCUGCACUUAUGAAUUACUGAUUUGCAGGUAUAUGAGAGUAAUUACAUACCAAGGUUAUAAAGUUUUCUGAUUUCAACCUAAAUGAUAUUGCCAGACAAUGAUCCAUUCUUUCAGAAAAAGAGUGUGUAAUAAUCUUUGGGUAUUUGAUCCAACAGUGACAAAAAAAUACAUAUACAUUAUCACAGUUACUUAUAAUACUGAUACCCAGAACUUGAAUGUAGACUAACACCAUUGAGUAUUCUUCAUGUAGAUUUUGAAUAACUUCAGAAAAACCACUCAAUUUACAUAAGCGCAAAAGUACAUUUGUAAAGAAAAAAUUAAAAUACCAAUUUAUGCACAGGAAUGGUUUUUCUGGGGUAACAUGCUUAUUUGUAUGUUACCAUCCAUUAAUGUUAAAUCAUGUUUCUUUUAUACAGAAUAAGAAUAAAUUUUACUUCAUCA